GCUGACAAACAGUUUUCAAUUUUUUUAGAAUCAUUGUCGGUGUUUUUGCUUGGGAAGUAGUCAGUUAAGCGUUUAUAAUAAAAAUUGCAAAAUGUCUCGUUACGAUCGUGCUGUUACAAUUUUUUCACCCGAUGGACAUUUACUUCAAGUGGAAUAUGCACAAGAAGCUGUACGCAAAGGUUCAACAGCAGUUGGUAUUUGUGGAGCAAAUUGUGUGGUUUUAGGUGUAGAAAAGAAAUCUGUUGCAAAGCUUCAAGAAGAGCGAACAGUGCGAAAAAUUUGCCCACUGGAUGAUCAUGUUGUGAUGGCAUUUGCUGGUUUGACCGCUGAUGCACGCGUUUUAAUAAACCGUGCACAAGUAGAAUGUCAAAGCCAUAAGCUGAGCGUAGAAGAUCCUGUUACAUUGGAAUAUAUUACACGAUAUAUUGCGCAGCUAAAACAAAAGUAUACACAAAGUAAUGGACGUCGUCCUUUUGGCAUUUCCUGCCUUAUUGCCGGUUUUGAUAUAAAUGGUUCUUCACACUUGUAUCAAACUGAACCUUCAGGUAUUUAUUAUGAAUGGAAAGCAAAUGCUACUGGUCGCUCAGCAAAAACAGUGCGCGAGUUCUUAGAAAAACAGUAUAAAGAAGAGGAAGUUGCCAAUGAAAAAGGCGCUGUUAAAUUGGCCAUUAAGGCGUUACUAGAAGUAGCACAAACUGGACAAAAGAAUCUAGAAAUUGCAGUAAUGGAAAAAAAUAAACCACUAAAAAUGCUUGAUACAAAAACAAUAGAGGAAUAUGUUGCUGUUAUUGAAAAGGAGAAGGAGGAGGAAGCUGAAAAGAAGAAGCAGAAGAAGUAAUGAUCUGAUUCAGUGCUUUCAAAGCGGCAGUUCAUUCUACAUUUAUAAUGAAUUAUAAUAAUAUAAUGUUUUUUACAACAUAGUUUCGGUUGAGCUUUGAUUUUAUUAAAGUGGAAUAAAAAUAAAGAUUUAAACCC